UUGCUUUUUGCUUCUUUUUUCCAUUUUUUCUUUUAUUUUCCCCUCUUUUGUUUCCUUACUUAAACCAGCCACGAGUCCUAACCGGAGAUUGAUCAGCCAGCUUGGUCAUUACUCCCACUGCUCUGGUUCUGUUCAUGCACUUCUGCACGCCACGGCUCCAUAGAGAGCGUUUCCGAUUUAAAGCAACCGAUGCCACAGGAUAUGCGGAGGAUGAACGAACAGUCCAUGCCUCGAGAUUCUCAGGUGUAGGAAGAAACGAGUUGUUUGGCCCUCAAAUACCCCCCUCUGCAAUUUCAAGAUUAAGGACGCUGCAGCAGAAGUCUUGUAUUCUUCCUGACGGAUGCAUACCAAAAGAAGAACUUCCCCUUCUUGCUUUUUUGAAAACCAAAACCCCCACAGCCAAGUCAAGUCAUCCGAUGAAAUGGAUGUAAUUGGCGACGUAUGAUUGGAUAUGCUCAACAUCUCCAGGUCCAGAAGUUCACGGUCCUCAUGUUAGUCGAUGCCAAAAGAAGAGUUGAGUUCGCUCUAACAUGCUGCGCUCAGACUCCUUUCCAGCGACACAUGAAGCAUAAAAAGAAAGUAUGUCUAAAGGGUAAAACGCAGCUUCUGUUGCCAGCAGGAGUGGAUGAUGAUGAAGAAGCAAAACUCAACUUCAUUUUCCAUUGCUCAAAACGCCAAAUAGGAAGCCAUGCUGCGCGAAGCUGGCCACUAUUGGGCUGACAUAAUCCCGCCUAAUUUCAAGAUCAGCAUGGAACUUGAUGCCUAAGAUAUGCAAAGGCCUCCCAGUGAAGGCAAAGGAUGUAUGCCCUUUGUGUGAUGAUUUGAAAUAUGGAGCGCAAAAUGGUUUAUCUCUUGCUUGGAUACGCCCAGGGUGUACGGAGUAUGCACAGAUGAUACCCCAUUCUCUCAACAAGGCUUGUUUGGUCAUAUUUUUCUUUUAUGAUACUUCUCUUCUGGAAGUAUCAUAUAUUUUCUUUUCUCUUCUCGCCUCACUUCAUGUGACAAGCACCAAAGAGCUUUUCAAGAGCAAGUUGAAACCAAAAUAGUUUCCGGCCAACGGUUUGUAAUCAUUUUUCCGCCAAUUCUCUUUUGGCCUAGGGAUGGAUGGUCAACACAUUCCUACAGGGUCUGAUUUCUUCCCUAGUUGUAAUAAACUUUUUUUUUUUGCUUACAGACAUGACCAACGCAUGCCUUCCUGUGGCUGCAUCUUGCUCAUGUAUCCAUUUCUCUUGCAUAUUCUUUCUUUUUAUGCAAGCUUGCUGCUGAUGGAACACUCCAAUCAGAAACAAAUAUCCCAUUGGGUUUGGCAUUCCAGAUGGACGAAAUGCAAGUAUUUACUCCGUAUGUUGUGCAAUAUAUGCAGGAUGUUUACUAAAUAACGUGCUUCGAUUUCAUUGCCUUCGGGAAGGGUAGAAAACCUUACUUUUGCACGCCGGACAAUAUAGCUAACUACUUUUUUCCAGAGUCUAGUUGCGCACACUUUUUGCGAGAUCGGGCUAUCUCUCUCCGCAAGCGCAAUUCUUCUUAUGAGCAUUCACGCUCCCAAGCAUAUCGGGCUGUGGAGCGGAACACUCACGUAUCACGCUAAGGGGCUGCUCCGACGCAAUAUCUAUAUAUAUUCUCUCUCUCUCUCGCGUUAAUCCCCUAUCUCUUCAUAUAAACAUCUGGUUUGAGCAGGGGUGCAGUUGUAUCGCUCUUCUCUAUUGGUUGGUCUCCCCUCAUCUCAGCUAGAUUUGUUUUUAUCAUUUCAAAACUAGACAUUCACGCCACUCUACCUCGUACACCCUCUCGCGCCAUGAAGUACACAUGCUCCGUACUCAACAAGUCGAUGGCUGGGGAGCAUCUGUGUCUGUGAGUGCACAACAGGGGUAAUGGCAUGGAAUGGAAUCUGGGUUCGGCAACUCCGUCAUCGUGGAGGAAGGAUUCCUAGCUUCGCCCAUACUUCUACAACUAACUACCAUCAACCUGGUGCAUGGGGCGAAAUGGCACACGGCACCCAUGAUGCGGUAAAGUGAAAUAUGACGAUGAAAUACGGAUACUGUUCGCAUUUUCUCUGCUUAUAGCUUCCAUGUACUAUGCAGGUCAUCUGUCCUCCGUAUCUCCCGAUCGUCCUCCUGCACGGAGUACAUGCUAGCCCUUGAUGAAAUGGGACUCCACGAAUUCGUCAAGUGAACCUCGUACCAAGUGUCUAGAAACCACACAUGAAUAGUACUUCGGUGGGACGGACAGCCUCGUCUCAUUGCCAGGCCAGGAUGAAAUAUCUAUCUGUGAUAUUUUCGUGGCCGAAGGCUGAAAGAUUGCGAGUAUAACCAGGUGGAGUUGGGGUUGUUUUUAUUUGACUUUUAUCUGCCUAUAUCCCUAUCCAUCUGGACAUCUAAUAGCUGCUAUUUUUAUCUGUUCUUCCAAUCUUUUACGUAAAAGAAACAUUCCACGAAUAUCUAGAUAUUCGUAAACAAGCCAUAGAUUGAGAUGAUAUUCAUAGCAUACACAAUGUUAAUAAUAAACCUUAGUUCUUUUCUUGAAAGGGAUGACCUAGUUUUCUGGCAGGCACUUUUCAUAUCCAACUCCCGAGAGGAGUCAGGUCACGAAGACACCACUAUUAAGAUGAUACGACUUUUAUAAGCACGUUGCGGUGUGAAUACCUCAUCCCAAGGAUAUUAAAGGCAGUUUAGUUGAUAUGUAAAAGGAAUGAGACAGAUAAUAGUCGACGAAGUCCUGAUGCUAGGGUAAACAUCGUCGGUGUUACUUUCCUGAUAGCUACUUCUUCGUAGCUGCCCUGGUGAAUGUAAACAAUAAAUGUAAACAAUGUUCUUAGGAGGGAAAGAGCUCCCGAAGACUGCGUUAUAGGAAGGAGUAACCGUAAAGUAAACAAACAGAGGAUGGUAUCCAUACAUCAACCCUGGCAUGUUGGCUCCUCCAUGAUGGAGCUGCAGAGUCGCAGGCACAAAGGCUCUCUUUCCGUUGGCCCCUUUCUCUACCACCACUUAUCAGCCUAGUCGUACACUCCAUGAGUCCAUAUUGUACUGAAGAUUCUCAUUGCUAAGUUUUUGAUAACAAUAAUGCACAGGGAUCUUCAGACAGGAUCUGAGAAACCAUGGAGCAGCAUGCGAAGCUCGUCUUGCCGGGGUAUUUGACGACGUAGAGAUAUCUUCAAAUACGAAUCACUAAGUAACCAAGAGCAGGUCCUAGGAAUGUCGAUUAUCGGGGCUACUGCGACGUCCAGCAACUUCGACGUACACAUGAGUAUACUUCCAUAUUCCAAUGUCUGCUUAGACGUUGAAGUGGUUCCAAAAAAAGAAUUACCCAUAUGGGACUUUGGACCGAGUAUGGCCGAGAGGGAGUUUAAGCAUGGCUUUGUACUUCCUUACAGGAACCAUGGAACCUGCGGGUGUCGCUCUAUUGUCAUCGCUGGGACACUAUUGCAUAUUUGCGGCGCCUCAGAGAACAAGGAAAUGAGAGGAGGGGGAGUUUAUGGCCGGAAUAUAGUCGGCUGUGCCGUGCAUCCAGUUGUCAAACUGCUGAGCCAAAAAGGAGUCCAUCGAUUUGAAACAGAGAGUAUAGCUGUUUAAUUGAAAGGCAUAGACGAGGGCUAUGUGACUUGUGUGAAAGGCUCACAAAGUCAUCCAAUUUCAAGCCUGCAAGCCCAGCUUCCGGAGUUGGGAAGGAAGGUAGGAGUUGCGGUGUUGUUUUCACCCUAGAGACCACUAUAUGCUAAAAUACGGAAUGGAGGAGAUGUUAACGGGGAAACAGUAAAAGGUCGGAUUUGGAGAAGACUAAUAAUGGAGUUUAUAAAAUUGGGGGAGGGAAUCAAAGGGCAUGACAUCGCUGCUGGGCCACUCUGAAGCCUCACGCUUGCGAGAAAAAAAAAUUAGAAAAAGAAAAAAAAUGAACGGGAUGUGUUCAUUAGAUGCAACGUAUAUGAUUCAUUCUGGGUGGGUGGAGGGUGGAGGGUAAGAGAGAGGUAACAGAGCAGUAUCCGGGAGGCCCCCGUUCCUAGACUGCCGUAUGCAACUUCAUGGAUAUAGCUCUUAAUUGACUAUCUCUAACUUGGUUUGCCACAGUGAUAUCUAAUAUCUUUAUGUCAGAUAAAUCUACUCUCUUCCUCUGCUACCAAUUAGGGGGCUCUUCUUUUUGGCUUAGCCGUUUGACACUCCUUUGUUAACGCUUUAUUGGGUAUCGCCGUGCCUUCAAAGACACAAUAAGCAUUAUAGGUUUGAUUCUUGGUUAGAGCCAAAAUAGAACGGCCUCAAGUGCAGACGAGUAACUACUGGCCUUUGACUGGCCUUUGGAUAUCAUAUCAUUGGAUAUCGCACUCGGCUCUGCCUGGUAGAGUGCAGCCCGGCAGUCCGGCGGAUCUAACCAAGAGCGGAAGACCAACAAACAUCAUCACGAGAGGCAGUGCGGGAUUUACAUGUCUUUGUAGAGAUAUCCCUAUGCACAGUCGGGGGCGGAAGUUGGUCUUUGUUCUCCCGUUAGCUUAACUGCUUCCGUAGAGUAGAAGGAUGAAGGUUGAAGUUUGAUAGAGCCGAAGGAAGGAAAGACGAAGAAGAGACGAGAAAAAGGGCCGAGGUUGGGCCAGAAAUACGGGCUGUCUGUAUCGUAUGGUAAUGACGAACCCACGGCUUUCCUAAAUCUCCCGGUCCCAAGAGCGAUUGAUUAGAUUUGGACUACGUACCUAACGGAGCGGACCAGCUGCAACGCUAGUGACGGCCACCAAAGGGAAGACGAGACGGACGCGGGCACACAGGCACAGAG